AUGAUUCAAAAACGAUUCAGGACCAAACUUUAUUACACAGCGAUGGAUCGGUUCAAUUUUUAUAAAAAUAAUAAUAAUAAUAAUAAUAAUAAUAAUAAUAAUAAUAAUAAUAACAAUAAUAAUAAUAAUUACAAAAACAAUAUAAAUAAUAAUAUUAAUAAUAAUAAUAAUAUAAUAGAUAUUAACUCAAAAGGUUAUUUAGGAUUACAUUAUUUUCAAAAGGAUCUAUUUGAAUUAGAACAGCAACAGCAACAAGACCAAAAUAGACAGCAACAGCAACAAAAUAAAAAUAAAAUAAUAAAUGAAAAUAUAAUUCAAAAUUUACAAAAACAAAUUGGCCAUUUGGCAUGUAUUCAAUUUCAAAAACAACAAUUAUCAAAAGAACAAAAGACACAAAAUUCUAUGAAUUCAAUAAUAGAGUUGAAUCAAUUAGAAUCAAUGAUCAAUGAAUAUUGUUUAAAAGUUCAAGAUAUUUUUAACACCUAUGAUAAAUCAUUACAACCACCUCAACCAAAAUUACAUUCAAAUUUUAAUGAUAGUAAUAUUAAUUCAAUAAUUGGUGAAUUUGAGUUAUUGUUACCACCUGAAAGAAUAAUAAAUAAGAAUAGUUUAACUUUAAAUUCACAAUAUAAUGAUAACAGUAGCAGUAACAGUAAUAAUAAUAACAAUUAUACAAUAGAUAAUUUUCAAACAAAACAACCAAUCAAUUUAAAUAAAGUUUUAAUAAACACAAAUUAUUUAUCGGAACAAAGACAAUUGAUUAUAAACAAACAAGAAAAAGAAAAACAAGAACAAAUUAAACAACAAAAAUUACAACAACAAAGAAUUGAACAAGAACAAAGAGAGAAAUUAGAACAAGAACAAAGAGAGAGGGAAAGAGAAAGAGAAAGAAAAGAACAAUUAGAAAGAGAAAAACAACAGCAACAACAACAACAACAACAAAGACAAUCCUCAAAUAAUAAUAAUAAUAAUAAUAACAAUAACAAUAAUAGUAAAUUUAGUUAUAAUAAUAAUAAUAAUAAUAACAAUGGUAGACUAGCACCAUCACCAAUGGAUUUAGAUGAGGAUGAAGUUAUUAAAGUUGGUGAUUUUAAGAGUGCAAAAGAUCAAUUUAUAGAUAAUCAAAUUAGUGAUAAAAAUAAGAAAAAUUCAAAUGUUGUAUCAAAUACUAUUAAAAAGAUGGCAGCAUCAAGUAAUCCUAAUCCUGUCCCACCUUCAUCUUUACCAGGUGGUAAAAAGAGAAGAUUUGUACCACCUGUAAAACAAGAUGAACAAGAAGAACAAGAAGAACAAAAUAAAAAACAAAAUUUAUCAAAUAACAACAAUAAUAAUAAUAAUAAUAAAUCAAUUAAUAAUAAUAAAAAUAAUAAUAAUAAUAAUAAUAAUAAUAAUAAUAAUAAUAAUCAAAGUAAUAAAAAGAAUGAUGAGACAAAUCCAAGUGGUAUUGAUAAUAUUAAUGGUGUACCAUUAGAUGAUGAUAAACUUAGAAAUUUAGAACCAGUAAUGUUGGAGCGUAUUUGUAAUGAGAUUUUAGAUAAGAGACAAGAAGUGAAAUGGGGUGAUAUUGCAGGGUUAUCAGAGGUGAAAAGUCAAAUUAUGGAGAUGGUUGUUUUUCCAAUUAUUAGACCUGAACUAUUUAAAGGUUUGAGAAUACCGCCAAAGGGUUUACUUUUGUUUGGUCCACCAGGUACUGGUAAAACAAUGAUUGGCAAAGCGAUUGCCACCCAAGUGAAGGCUACAUUCUUUAGUAUUUCCGCAAGUACUUUAACUAGUAAGUGGAUUGGUGAGGGUGAGAAAAUGGUACGUUGUUUAUUUGCCGUUGCUCGUUGUUUCUUGCCAUCGGUAAUUUUCAUUGAUGAAAUCGAUUCUUUACUUGCUGCUAGAACAGAGAAUGAAAAUGAAGCAUCGCGUCGUAUUAAAACAGAGUUUUUAAUUCAAUGGGAUGGUGUUGCUGGUAAUGCAGAGGAUCAAAUGCUGUUAAUCGGCGCCACCAAUAGACCCGAUGAAUUGGAUGAAGCAGCUCGUAGACGUAUGACCAAACGUUUGUAUAUCCCCUUACCAGAUAAUGAAAGUCGUUUGGCUUUAGUUAAAAACUUGUUAAAGAAUGAAAAUCAUGAAAUUUCACCCGACGAUAUGCAAAAUAUCGCUUCAAUUUCCGAUGGUUAUUCUGGUGCCGAUAUGAAAUCAUUAUCAACCGAAGCUGCCUAUCAACCAAUUCGUGACUUACGUGGUGAGAUUGAAAGUGUUGAAAAAGAAUCAAUUCGUCCAAUUUGUUUAAAUGAUUUCUUAUUAGCUGUUAAAAGAGUAAAACCAUCUGUAGCUAAAAAAGAAUUGGAUGCAUAUAUUGAUUGGAAUGAUAAAUUUGGUGCAUUAAGUUAA